AUGUUUGACACUAUGUUCGCGGAGGAUCGCAACAUUGUCAUCCUCCUCGACAAUGCCUCUAGUCACGUCCUCAAAAGCGAGCACGUGGUUUCCCAAGACAUCUUCGGCUUCCGCACUCGCUCCCUCCGCAACAUCCGCCUAGUGUUCCUCCCGCCGAACACCACCUGCUUCACCCAGCCGCUUGACCAGGGCCUCAUCGCCAUGAUGAAGGCACCUUAUCGUCAGCAUUGGCUCGAGGCGGUGACGGCACUGUGGGUGGAGGGCGGCUCCACGACGUCUCUGGCGCACUUCAAGCCCAAUCUCCGCGACGUCCUCGACUGGCUCUUGGACGCGUGGAUGAACAUCGGCCCGCGCACGAUCCAGCGUUGCUGGUGGCGCACGGGCUGUCUUCCGCUCGCGUGGGCCUUAUCCUUGGCCCACGUGGGCGCCGGCGGGCUCACUCCUGGCGGCACGGCUGCUGCUCCGCUGCCCAUCGAUCUUGACGAGGAGAUCGGCGACGUGGGCAUCAUGAUCGACCGGCUUGCGCUCGGUCCGAGUGCCAUGCCGGCCGCCGACUUCGUCGCCAUUGAUGACGGCCAGCCGACGUGCGCCGAGCCGGGCGAGGAUCCCCUCGCCCUUGAGCCCGCGACGUCGUAUUCGUCUGAGUCUUGGGAGCCGCCUGCAACCAUGCAGGCCGUGUACGACGAUGUGGACCCGGCGACGCGCGAAGCACGUCGCACUGCGCGUGCGGCGUGUGAAAUGCUCAUCGGGUAUGCGAGGGCGACAGGCGUCAACCCCCGCGAGCUGUGCGCUCUCUUUGAGAUUCGCAACCCCCUCAUCAUUGAGCGCAUGGAGCGGGCAAGCCCGCCCAUCAACUUGAACAUGACGCCUAUCGCCACUCCUCGACCUUCCGCUACCCCUGAUGGCGGGCGCCCUCGUCCUCGCGGCCGCUUCCUUCCGGCGUGGAUGACGCCACCCUCCCCUCGCCAGGCGCUGAUUGACGCUGGUGUUCCCGCCGUCAUGGACGACUUUGUUGAUGCGGCUGAGUGGGUGCGUCUGUGA